AUGGCGAGAAAGCAAGCAAACUACCUAGGCCAGCCCAAAGGUCCGCCUGAGGCUCUUCGCACCCGCUGUCCCGAACUCGUCCCCCCAGAGCAUGUGCUCGGCCCCUACGCCAUGGCGGACGUCGACGCCGACAACUUUCUCGAGCAUCGCCAACCUCCAGUAACGCCAGACUCCCGCCGCCGUCAAAGCCAUGAUGAGGCGGGCGAAUCGAGCAGCGCCGGCAGCCGUCGCGGUGGAACCAGCGGUAGCAGCCAGUCGGCGGCUCCAGACCUAACCCGCGAGCGCUUGCUGCUACACCAGUCGAGGCUCGCCGAGGAGCAGGUAGACGGGCCAGCGCGACAGGAAACAAUGAGAAGGAAGCGCAGAGAAAGGCCAACCGGCUCGUUUCUGCUCGAUGGCCGAGCCGUCAAGCGCAGCCAGAGCUCGCGCCUCCCGAAACCCACCAUCGCCGCUCCUCAUACCCGUACGACCCGUGCAACGACUGAUUCACUCUCCAACACACCCGAAUCCGCGGCAUCCAUUGCUCUGCGAGACAAAACCAUGCGAGUAGCGUCCGACCCCUUUGCCGGGAAGCCUCUCACGCCAUCCCCCGACGCUGCCCACAACUUGAGCACUGGUUCGCUCUACCAGUCAUCCCCUGCGUCGUCCCAGAACAGCCAUGCUCCCGCUGCUGUAGACGCCGAUUCUACACAGAUUGUGAACAUGGCCUUGAACUUGAGCGAGUCUCGUCGCCUCGCCUCUCGUCGGAACGUGUCCCGCGGCGUUCCUCCAAAACUAUUGCCUUUACCCGACUCGGCCACCUCCAACGACCUUCGGCAACAGCUCAAACAGCAACGUCGGUCCUCUCGAAAUAUUUCUCCUCGCCCCGGACAGAGCAUGAUACCGAGACAGAGCACAGGCUUAUCAGCGUCUAGCCCACUACACGCCAAUUUCCCCUCUGCACAAGACGACAUACAUCGCUAUCACUUCUCCGCCUCAACCUUGGCACGCGCCCAAAAGGCAAAAGAUCAGCUAGAGCUCAUGUCCCAGUACAGAAGGCUUCUUGAUGUCUUGCCGCUUUUGAAGCCGCCACAAGUACGAACUGUCACAACGAGCCCCCCGGCAUCACCCGCAGGCGGCGCAAAAGCCUUCACCUGGAGUUCAACACCACAGCUGGGGCGCAAAUACAACCCGCUGCAAUACAUUCGAAACAGAAAAGUGAGAGCUCGCGAGAGGAAGGUUAUCGAUGGAGAGCGGCAAGGCUUUGCGGCUGUCGAUAGCGUCAAGUCUUGGGUUGAAAAGUGCGAACAAAACAUGGCCCUUCAACAGCCAGAAGAUGAAGCACAGUGCAUGGUUCCAUUUUUUGCGGCCGAGGAAUCAGCUACACAGUAUGUGCCUGAUCCUGUGGCUAAAGCCGCUCGAAAUCGUCGACCCCGCGUCGACUGGUUCGUUGAACCGUGCGACAUGAUUGCCGAUGCCUAUUGGAUUGAGCAGGAUCGGAAUAAGGAACUGAUCGAAGACCGCCAUUGGCGCAAAAUUUUCCCUCCCACUUCUGAGCUUUCUCGGCCCAUGUCGCGUGAGAACGAAGAGCCAAGACAUGUUGUGCCGUUUUCCCCAGAUCCUGUGAACCGCAAUCCCAACACUGGCGAUAAACAUCACAUUCAUAGAAACCAUGGCCCAGACCAUGACCGUCAACAUACCAUUGAACGCGCUAGAGAGAAGCUCCAUCACAUGAAGGAUCCAAACCACUGGCACGUCUCUGAUCAUAUCCAUGCCCGACCUCGCUCUAAAAAGGAUUCUGCGUCCGAGUACUCCGAGAGUGACAACGAGGCACGCAACCGGACCAUUCGUGAUUCCCGAAGACGGGCAGAACAUAAGGAUGCCCAGCCAGGUGACAUCUUGCAUAAGCAAAUGCUGGAGAUGAUCGCCAAGGAACAUGGAGGCAAAGACGUUCUGGAGCUUCCGGGGGUUGAGCAGUUUGUGCCGCCCAGCAUGACCAGCCCAGAACGAAACGUGCGCUCAAAAUCAGGCAGUCACUUGCCCAGUUCUAGGGAGUCCAUCACGGAUACCGGCGACUUUGAACCAAAGGGCACCUUUGAGAGGAUGUACAAAACAUCUCCUUCCCGCUUCCGCCGUGAUGACCAGGUCGUUGAUGGGCCUCACCUCCGAGCACCCAAAUCGAUAGACAACGAUUCGUCGCUGCCUACAUCGCCUGAGCUACGACCCUCAAGAAAAGCAACCCUCGAAUCUGUGACUCUAGAGCUACCAGCUCCCUGGAGCCGCUCAGGAUCCCCUUCUAAAACUGAUACAGCAAAGAUCUACACUACGCCUGAAGCAAAGCUAGGCACCGACAGAGAUGCAUCCGCAGGCAAUAAUAGGGCUGAUACGCUUCCACGAGACGCUGUUGGCCGGAUGCCUCUACUUGAUGAGGAGCCAUCGUUGGCGAGGAAUGCAUCAGCUCCCUUGGCCGGAGACACAAUUAAAGUCCAUCGCCGCAUGGGAAGUCUAUUGCAGCGCACUGAUGACCCCACCUCUGGGCUCCGUGGCAUCUUCAAAGGUCCCCGUAUUGACACAGUUUUGCGAGGUGGUGUAUCUCGCAUUGGCGAUAUUCUACGCAAGAAGGAUGGUUCCGAAUCACAGGAGCUUGAUUCUACAGAUGAAUCCGACAGUGAGCGCAACAGGGGAAGGAGACGGCCCUCGACGCCUUUGUCUCGCCGUCCGUCCAACAAAGCGCAACAGAAUAAACAGGAACAGAAACACUUCCUCGACGUUAUGCCGCAGUUCCAGCAUGCUCCUGGCGCUUCUAACACGACUGGCAUUCAUAAAUCUGCGUCUUGGACUGGCCGCGGGAUUCAAAGCAAUGAAUCGUCGCGCGUUGAUUUGCUCCAACCCCCGCAGACCGGGCUUCGAAGCCCAUCCAUGUCAACAUCCCCACCGCCCAGAGCCGCCGGUCGCCCGGGAGAGUCUGAUAUUUCGGAGCCCGAGUCAACCCAGGGCCGUGUUCCCGCCGGCGUGCGCGAGAGUGACCGCCGACUCAACGCCAUUCUGGGAGGCUCGGCCGCGCGCCGCGUCAACCGCGGCGAACGGACCAUGAGCCGCCAGUGGUCCAUUGCGGACCAAGGCAGCAGGCAAGUCGAGCAAAGCCAGCUGUCCAGACGCGAGAUGGCACGCGUCAAGACGCUCGUCCUGAGCUCCGGCAUCAAGGCCAUGGAGAUCAACAGGCGCGCCCAGGAGAUGCACAAGCCGUUUGGCAACGACGGUCCUAAGCUUGCCAACAUUGACUGGGACGGCAUCGCCGCGCUGUGCCCGGAGACGACCCUGUACGACCAGGUUGUCCCGCUGGUUGACGUCUACCCGCUGGCCGCGCAAACUCUGACGAGCAACAUGCAGCGCGCCGGUCAGCGCUGGCAGACGGCGGCCGACCGGUUCACGUCGCACACGGGGCCAGCGCUGCACCGGCGCGUCGGCGCCGUGCGAUCCCGCGUCGCCGAUGAUCUGGCGCCCCUGACACGCGCAGCUGUCGAGGAGGCAGACGAGGCGAGUCGUAGCCUUGCGCUCGAUCAACCCCUGCGCAUCAAGCACGUUGUCGACACGAUUGAAAAGAUGCUCCGAAGACGGCGCCGUCGUCUGCGUUGGCUGCGUCGCGGCCUCUGGCUUAGCGUUGAGUGGCUCGUUGUUGGUUUCAUGUGGUACGUCUGGUUCGUCGUCAUGAUUUUGCGCGUGUUUCUCGGCAUCGGCAAGGGCAUCUGGACCGGCGUCAAGUGGGUUUUGUGGCUUGCCUAG